CCUGAAGAAUCACCGAGGGAUGAGGACGCUACAGCUUGGUGGUACGCCCUUUCUGCUUUCCCGGCCCAGAACUCGAAGCGCCCAGGAGCGAAGCAGAGCCUGAGCCCUUGUCCUCUCCCUCCCGCACAGGGCUUUGUGAGUGAUCUGACCAGCGAGCUCCCUGCUGCAUGGAACGGCAGCAGAAGCAACCACUUACCUCCCCAGGGAGCGUGAGCUCCUCCCGAGGCUCCAGUGUUCCCGGCUCUCCCUCCAGCAUCGUGGCCAAGAUGGACAAUCAGGUGCUGGGCUACAAGGACCUGGCUGCCAUACCCAAGGACAAGGCCAUCCUGGAUAUCGAGCGGCCUGACCUCAUGAUCUAUGAGCCUCACUUUACCUAUUCCCUCAUGGAGCACGUGGAACUUCCUAGAAGCCGGGAGCGCUCUCUGUCACCCAAAUCUAUAUCUCCCCCACCAUCCCCAGAGGUGUGGGUGGACAGCCGAUCCCCUGGAAUCAUCUCUCAGGCUUCAGUCCAGAGAACCACUGGUACCCCCCGGACCAGCCUGCCCCAUUUCCAUCACCCUGAGACCUCCCGCCCAGAUUCCAACAUCUACAAGAAGCCACCAAUUUACAAGCAGAGAGAGUCUGUGGGAGGCAGCCCUCAGAGCAAGACUUCAGAGGACUUAAUUAUCGAGUCAUCCAAGUUCCCUGCGGCCCAGCGCCCUGACCCCAACCAGCCAGCCAAGAUCGAAACCGAUUACUGGCCAUGCCCCCCAUCGCUGGCUGUUGUGGAGACAGAAUGGAGGAAGCGGAAGGCAUCUCAGAAAAAGGAAGAGGAGGAGGAGAAAGAUGAUGACUCUGAAGAGGAGAGGAAGGCUUUCAGGGAGCGUCAGAAAGAGGAACUCAGUAAGGUUACUUCCAACUUGGGAAAGAUAAUCUUGAAAGAAGAGAUGGAGAAGUCAUUGCCUAUCCGGAGGAAAGCUCGCUCCCUGCCCGACCGAACACCCUUCCAUACCUCCUUGUACCCUGGAACGUCCAAGUCAUCUUCUCUCCCCACCUAUGGCAGAACCACCCUGAGCCGGCUACAGUCCACAGACUUCAGCCCAUCGGGGAGUGAGACUGGAAGCCCAGGCCUGCAGAACGGAGAGGGCCAGAGGGGGAGGAUGGACCGGGGGAACUCCCUGCCCUGUGUGCUGGAGCAGAAGAUCUAUCCCUAUGAAAUGCUGGUGGUGACCAGCAAGGGGAGAACCAAGUUGCCGCCGGGUGUGGACCGGAUGCGGCUUGAGAGACAUCUAUCAGCUGAGGACUUCUCAAGGGUAUUCUCCAUGUCUCCCGAAGAGUUUGGCAAGCUGGCUCUGUGGAAGCGGAAUGAACUCAAGAAAAAAGCUUCUCUCUUCUGAUUGCCCCCUCCUUCUCCAUGACCAACCCCUCCCUCUGCUGCUUCAGGGCUCUGGAGCUGCAGUCAUGAGAUUGCAAAGCAUCCUCUUCCCCUGGUGGGCUGGGAGCAGUCAUCUCUUGGGGAAUGGGGAGGUGGGACAAGAGUGGGAUUGGCUCUAUUCCCCCGGUAGACAGGGAAGCCAAGGCCUCCACAGUCCUGGGGUUGUGAGGCAUGGACUUUCUUCCCUAUAAUGAGCUAGGGGGAUCUCCUCUGUCAUCCCUGGUCCUCACUGCACAGGGCAGCCCAGCCUGGAUUCCAGCACACAGAGAGUUAAUGUUUGUGCCCUCUCCCUGCCUCCCACCCCACACAAAGUCCCCAGAAGAGGGCGAGGAGAAAUCAAAGUGGGGGCUUAGUAGUCAGGCACACCAUCAGUUUUUGUGAACCAUGAGUGGGAAUUGCCCUGGUGGGAGCUGGUGGGAGGCAGGAAGCAGCCAGGCAGGAGAACUCCAGGACCCUAUGUGUGCCCAAGGACUCUACCGCGCCUCACCUUGACAGCUUCCCCUGUUCCUAGGACUCCUGCUUCUCUGGCUCUGGAAGGAGCCAGCUAGAGUUCUGACCUCCAGCAGGGAGGCCAGCCUUCCCUCUAGCUCUCCCUGUUCUCAGCUCGCAUCCCUCAAGCUUUGAAGCCUCUUGUUCAGCUCCGCGGCUUCCCCAGAAGCCUUGGCUUAGAGUGGAGAUGUUGCCUAUACAAAACCCUAGCCCACCAUCAGCCUCCAGGCAAAGUCAGCUAGAAUUCUAUCUUCUAGCACCAACAGGUACUGGACCGAACCCGGGCCUUCUAGGCUCCCUUGGAGAGACCAAGAGGGCAGGCUACAAGGGCCCUUCUGAGUGUCGUGGCUACCAAGCCCCACCCAUAACCAUGCAUCCCACACCAUGCUCUCUAAAGAAUGUAAUUUAUUGGGGCACCCCCAGCUGCUUUCCUCACCUAACUCUCUGCCCUACCUUAAUCACAGUCUCAGAUUUUCUUCUCUACAAAUACAUAUGUGUAUAUAAUUAUAUAUAUAUAUACUUUUGCCCAGGUCUAGGUUUUGUUCCUGCCUAGACCCUGGCAUCCCUUUCCACUGUGUGUGUGUGAUAAUGCUGGGGGAGGGACACUCUGCUUGGAAUUAAA